AUGAAGAUCUUUAGUUGGAAUAUUCGCGGUAUUAAUGGUAGCGGUCGUCAGAGGGUUGUUAGUAGGUGGUUGCAGAGUUUGGGCUCCUCAGUGGGAGCUUUAUUGGAAACACAUGUACAGGAAGAAAAUUUUCUCAGUAUUUUAGGAGCUGUUGCUCCUGGUUGGCGGUUUGAUAACAAUUAUUCAGUUGCAGAAGGAGGAAGAAUAUGGCUUUUGUGGAAUCAGUCGCUGUCAGUAGUGGUGUAUAUGAAGACGGAUCAGUUAAUUCUCUGUGGAGUUAUGGACCCGGCUUCAGGUACGAGUUGCACAAUAGCCUUUGUAUAUGCGCAGAAUUCAGAAGUGGAAAGACGGAUUCUAUGGAGAGACUUGAUCAAUAUCUCAAAUAGCUCCAUUGUUGCUUCGUCACCAUUGGUGGUGCUUGGAGAUUUUAAUCAAAUUCUUACGGCGGCAGAGCACUUUUCUUUGCAACCAUAUGAUCUGCCUGUUCGAGGUAUGGAGGAGUUUCAGCAGUGUCUGGUAGAGAGCAAUUUGGCAGAUAUGGAUUUCAGAGGCACUUUUUUCUCGUGGUCAAAUAGGAGAGAGGAAGAUCCAAUUCUCAGGAAGUUGGAUAGGGCGGUUUGCAAUGACAGAUGGAAGGAGGUUUUUCCAGGGGCCGUGAGUAUCUUUGAGGCUCCGGGAGAUUCCGAUCACUCUCCGGCAGUAGUUACCUUUUCCUCGGAACCCCAGAUGAGGAAAUGUAGCUUUAAGUAUUUUUCUUUCAUAUCUUCACAUCCAAGAUUCAGAGAAGAGAUGGUGAAGUUGUGGGAGGAAUCAAUCCCAGUUGGAUCGAAGUUGUUUUCUCUGGGACAGAGAUUGAAGAAGGCUAAAGCAGGUUGUAGAAGGUUAAAUAAGGAAGGGUUUGGAAACAUCCAACAAAGGGCAAGAGAGGCCCUCGAUUCUCUUAAGGCGAUCCAGCAACAGUUGCUCACCUCCCCUACGGACUUACUAUUUCGUCAGGAGUUUGUGGCCCGGAAGAAGUAG